AUGGCAUUCUUAUUUAGCGCAAAAUGGGCUUGGGUGGCUUUAAGGUUUAUUCUGAGGCGGAGAGAAGAGCUGAGGAAUAUCAGGAAAAAGGGCUUCGUCGUCGUUGUAAUCGGCUGCACCAGUGGUCUCGGAAUGGCAAUUGUGCUUGCUGUAUGUGACCGCCUGUCUAAAAUCCAAAGCCAUGGUGCUCAUACCGUCAUUAUAACAGCAAAAACCGAGGAAGAAGGCGUGCUACUUUUGGAACGCCUACGACACCCGACGGUCCGCGUGGGUUUCCAUCAGCUGGAUGCCAGCAACAGCAACAGCCUGACGGCAUUCUCCCAGAACCUUAAAGAGAAAUUUGAGCACAUUGAUAUUUUAAUGAAUUGCACAAGCAUGCUUCCUUCAGCCGCUGAAUUGAGCUGGCACGGCAACACGCUUCGCAUCAUGAGCGCCGAUUACUACGAAGCCAAACUAAUAAUACAGGCUCUUAUGCCGUUGAUGGCUCUUGGAGGCCGAGUCGUCAUCGGUGCCUCCAGCCUUGCAGAACUUGCAAUCACGUGGAUGAACGAGGAAGCCUUUGCUAAGUUGUUCAGCCCAGACUCCACUGAGAAGGACCUCGACGAGAUUGCCGAUGGCUUCAUGCAGGAAAUGCAAGAAGAAAGCACAGACGGCAAGCGCGUCUAUGAUGCUAUGGCUUACCCUUUUGUUCAAGCCACUCGAAUCGCGUUGGCGCACUGCUUGGGAAACCAGCUGAACCAGAGCUCGAAAGACCCCCGAAAACGCAUUACAGUUUGUUCCUUCUCUCUGGGUUGGUGCCGAUCGACAUCAGAGAGGGAUAGAGCUCCCUUCUCAGCGCUUGAUGGAGCUGAGGAGGCCGUGUUCGCUGCCUUUGAUGCAAGUCCAGGGGAAAUACAGGGUGCAUUUCUUAUUGGGAGAAAAGCUGCAAAAUUUGGAGAGGUAUUUGCAGCAAUAAAUGCCGAUGCUGCACGGAGCCGCCGCACCUUAGCAGAGAAAAACGACCACCACACGCACCUGAAACAUUUGACGAGGAAAGCAGCAGAAGCAAUCGAAGAUACUCCUCAGGUAGUAACUGUAGAAGAAUCUUAG